AUGCCUCCACGAGAUGAUGCAGCAUGGUAUGACCAUCUUGAGAAGCUCAAAGAAUUCAAGAAGAAGAAUGGGCACUGCAGGGUUCCACACGGUCAUGGAAAACUAGCCAAUUGGGUCUCUGAACAGAGAAAAUUGUGCAAGAAAGGGAGGCUGAUUGAGCAGAGAUUUCAAAAGCUACAAGAGCUUGGUUUCACUUGGGUUGUACAUGAUCCAUUUGGAAACGAAUGGCUGGCCAUGUUUGCCAACCUACAGAAAUUCCAAGAGGAAAAUGGUCACUUCAGGGUUCCACCGCAUAAUAGAAAACUAAACCGAUGGGCCAUUAUACAGCGAAUGCUUUACAACAAAGGGAAACUGAAUGAGGAGAGAUGUCAAAAGCUACAGGAGCUCGGUUUCACUUGGGUUGUACAUGAUUCUUCCGAUCCAGAUUGGUCGGCCAUGUUUGCCACCCUGCAGAAUUUCAACCAGGAAAGGGGUCACUGCAGGGUUUCAACACGUGAUGGAAAACUAGGCACUUGGGUCCGUACACAGAGAAGGCUUUAUAGCCAAGGGAAGCUGAAUGAGGAGCGAUUUCAAAAGCUACAAGAGCUCGGUUUUACUUGGGUAGUAAGUGCUUCCUCUGAUCCAUUGCAAGAAGAUUGGCUAGCCAUGUUUGCCAACCUGCAGCAAUUCCAAGAAAGGCAUGGUCACUGCAGGGUUCCACAAGGUGAUGGAAAACUAGGCACUUGGGUCUCUACACAGCGCAAGGUUUACAACAAGGGGAAACUGAAUGAGGAGAGAUUUCAAAAGCUACAAGAGAUUGGUUUCACGUGGGUUAUAAGUGGUUCUUCUGAUCCAUUGGGAGAAGAUUGGCUAGCCAUGUUUGCCAGCCUGCAGAAAUUUCACCAGGGAAAUGGUCACUGCAAUGUACCAAGAACCAAUGGGAAACUAGGCAAAUGGGUCUCUACGCAGCGAACCCUUUACAAGAAAGGGAAGCUGAAUGGGGAGAGAUUUCAAAAGCUGCAAGAGCUUGGUUUCACUUGGAUUGUAAGUGCUCCGUCUGAUCCAUUGCGAGAAGAUUGGACAGCCAUGUUUGCCAAACUGCAGAAAUUUCAAGAGGAAAAGGGUCAUUGCAGGGUGCCAAAAGCAGAUGGAAAACUAGGCACUUGGGUCUCUACACAGCGCAAGGUUUACAACAACGGGAAACUGAAUGACGAGAGAUUUCAAAAGCUACAAGAGCUUGGUUUCACUUGGGUAGUAAGUGCUUCGUCUGAUCCAUUGCGAGAAGGUUGGCUGGCCAUGCUUGCCACCCUGCAGAAUUUCCAAGAGGAAAAUGGUCACUGCAGGGUUCCAAGAGCAGCUGGAAAACUUGGCACUUGGGUCAAUACACAGCGAAAUCUUUACAGGAACGGGAAACUGAAUGACGAGAGAUUUCAGAAGCUACAAGAGCUUGGUUUAACUUGGGUUGUACAUGAUUCUUCUGGUUCAUUGGGAAGAGAAUGGCUAGCCAUGUUUGCCAACCUGCAGAAUUUCCAAGAGGAGCAUGGUCACUGCAGGGUUCCACAGCAUGAUGGAAAACUAUACAGUUGGGUUUCUACACAGCGAUACUAUCACAACAAAGGGAAGCUGAAUGAAGAGAGAUUUCAAAAGCUACAAGAGCUUGGUUUCACUUGGGUUAUACGUGGUCCUUCUGAUCCAUUGGGAGAAGGUUGGCUGGCCAUGCUUGCCACCCUGCAGAAUUUCCAAGAGGAAAACGGUCACUGUAGGGUUCCAAGAGCAGCUGGAAAACUUGGCACUUGGGUCAAUACACAGCGAAAGCUUUACAGCAACGGGAAACUGAAUGACGAGAGAUUUCAAAAGCUGCAAGAGCUUGGUUUCAUCUGGAAUCCCACAAAAAGCGCUGCUGAUCCACUGGGAGCACAGUGGUUGGCCAUGUUUGCUGAAUUGAAGAAAUUCCAAGAUGAGCAUAGUCACUGCAGGGUACCAAGGAUGGAUGGAAAACUAGGAGGUUGGGUCUAUAUACAGCUAAGGCUUUAUAGCCAAGGGAAGCUAAAUGAGGAGCGAUAUCAAAAGCUACAAGAGCUCGGUUUUACUUGGGUUGUCAGCGGCAAUUCUUCCUCUCAUGCUGCACCACAACCAAGACGAAAUACCCGACCUCAAUCGUCAAGGACGGAUGGAGCAGUUGGCCAAAAGAGAAAAGUUGGUGCUGAUGCUGAGGAUUCAGAUUGGAUGGCGAUGAAGAAGAAGAGACGGAAGACAUUGCAGACCAAAAAGCGAAGUUAA